AUGCCGCCCUCACAACAAUACCGCCCUUCCGACCCACCCGAUUCGCCUACGAAUGACUCGGACUCCGAUCUCGAUCUUGACAUCCAGGAGCUCGACCCAAUAUCAACCACACCAGCUCCAAGGGCCACCAAAGAGCAUCCUCCCACCGAGCCCGAGACUUCGCGGAUAGCCCUGCGAAACCUUCGUAUGGGUGGACUGCGGCGUGCUGGAAAGCGGAAUCGGGGGUACGGUGACCUCGGUCGGGAUAGAGAUGGAAACGACGAGCACUCUGAGGCAUUGUUGGGAGACCGUAACAGCAGCACGCCCCAAUGGUCAGAAGGAAGUGGCUACAAUGAAGAUGACCAGCCGUUACUAGGAGGCCAGCCUUCACAAGGUCGAAGGUCCAUCAACUCGGAUAGAGUCUCCUCACGGUUACGGCUUCCUAGUUUCAUGUCGAGUUCCAAGAAAUCAGACACGAACGACGCCGAGGACCGAGAAGACGAUGACCCCUCUUCAUCCCGACAUGUUGCUGUAGGCUCAACUCAGCCCGUACGCUUUCCGAACAACAUUAUCUCAAACGCCAAGUACACCGCCUUGACAUUCCUCCCAAUCACUCUCUACAACGAAUUCUCCUUCUUCUUUAAUAUGUACUUCCUUCUCGUGGCACUAUCGCAGGCGAUACCUGCCCUGAGAAUUGGUUAUCUGCUCACAUAUAUCGCCCCGUUGGCAUUUGUGCUUUGUAUCACCAUGGGAAAAGAGGCGUUUGACGAUAUUGCUCGGCGGCGAAGAGAUACUGAAGCCAACUCGGAGGAAUAUAAAGUCAUUGUCUUUCAGGAUGCCGAUUUGACACAGACUCCAGUUCGUCAAAGGAAACUGCUCAAGUCAGAGGUGUUGCAGAAGCAUUCAAGAAAGAAAUCCAAGGGAGCCCGAGAGAAUCUCUCUGAUAUUCUGGAAGAGGAGAACGUUGAGGCGCCACCUCCAUCUUCACGAGCCAUUGAGGUCAGCCGCAAGUCCAAGGACUUGAAGGUUGGUGAUGUUCUCAAACUUACAAAGGGCCAACGUGUACCCGCCGAUGUUGUUAUAUUGAAAUGCUUAUCUUCCGAAGUGCCCGCGCCUGCACCUAUUCCCGAGGAACCUGCGGAAGAAGAGACACUAUUAGCAUUCGAUGGCGAGGAGCCACAAGGGAAAGGAAAGCAACCUGCUGAAGCGGCUCCAGAACAAGAGGCGGAAAGUGGACCAGGAGGUGAGACCUUCAUCAGGACUGAUCAGUUGGAUGGUGAGACGGAUUGGAAGCUCCGACUUGCUUCACCACUUACGCAAAAUCUACCAACCGAGGAGUUCGUCCGUCUUCGUGUUACUGGCGGAAAGCCAGACAGAAAGGUCAACGAGUUUUUGGGUACAAUUGAGCUGGUCGAGUCUCGGAAGGAUGCAUUGGCACAUCAUGCGACAGUAGGGGAGUCUGAUGCAUCCCAUACGGCUGCCCUGUCGAUCGACAACACGGCCUGGGCCAACACUGUCAUCGCCUCCCAGGCCACGACGCUGGCUGUCAUCAUGUACACUGGUCCCCAAACACGCUCUGCCCUUUCUACAGCCCCUUCUCGUUCCAAGACUGGUUUGCUGGAAUACGAGAUCAAUUCCUUGACCAAGAUAUUGUGUGCACUGACAUUGGCUCUCUCAAUUAUUCUUGUCGCACUCGAGGGUUUCGGUAAUACCAAAGACAAUGUUUGGUACGUCAAGAUCAUGCGAUUCUUGGUUCUGUUCUCUACUAUUGUUCCCAUCAGUCUUCGUGUCAACCUUGAUAUGGGAAAAAGCGCAUAUUCUUGGUUCAUUCAACGUGACCCUGGUAUGCCUGGGGCAGUCGUUCGAACAAGUACUAUUCCUGAAGAUCUUGGCCGCAUUGAAUACCUACUCAGUGAUAAGACUGGCACGUUGACCCAGAACGAAAUGGAGAUGAAGAAAAUACACGUUGGAACGGUGUCCUACGCAAACGAAGCAAUGGAUGAAGUAUCGGCAUAUGUCAAGCAAGGCUUUUAUGUCCCGCCAUCGACGGAUCAUGUCUCCCAGAACAUGCUCAUUACUCCUUCAUCUACGUAUUCCAGCUCUGCAAACAUAGGUACGACACGUACAAGACGCGAGAUCGGCACUCGUGUUCGUGAUGUCGUGCUCGCUCUUGCUCUCUGUCACAACGUCACGCCUACUGUUGAUAUUGAGGACGGCAAGGAGGUUACUGGAUAUCAAGCAUCUUCACCUGACGAGAUUGCUAUCGUCAAAUGGACUGAAUCCGUUGGUUUGAAACUGGUGUACCGUGAUCGCAAGAGCAUGGUACUGGAGUACGCCAACAGCAAGAGACCGGUGGUUCGCGUGCGGAUUCUCGAUGUUUUCCCUUUCACUUCCGAAGGCAAACGCAUGGGUAUCAUUGUCCACUUCCAUGAGGAUGCCAGUGUUAAGAACCCUAGCCUGUCAAGUGGUGAAAUCUGGUUCUUCCAGAAGGGUGCUGACACAGUCAUGAGCUCUAUUGUUGCGUCAAACGAUUGGCUUGAUGAAGAAACUGCUAACAUGGCACGCGAAGGAUUGCGCACGCUUGUCGUUGGCCGCAAGAAACUUUCCUACGGCCAGUAUCAAGAAUUCGCUGCUCGGUACCAGACAGCAUCGCUUUCUAUUAGCGGACGUGAUGCUGGCAUGCAACGCGUGGUCUCCCAUUAUCUCGAAAAUGAACUAGAACUCAUUGGCGUCACCGGUGUAGAGGACAAGCUCCAGAAAGAUGUUAAACCGUCCUUGGAGCUUCUUCGCAAUGCUGGUAUCAAGAUUUGGAUGUUGACUGGUGACAAGGUUGAGACUGCUAGAUGUGUGGCAGUUAGCUCCAAGCUUGUGGCACGUGGUCAAUACAUCUACACGGUUUCGAAGCUCACGAAGAAGGACAAUGCUCAGGAGCAUCUUGACUUCCUCCGAAGCAAGACGGAUGCUUGUCUCCUCGUGGAUGGCGACAGUCUGGCCCUCUUUCUCACGCACUUCCGCCUCGAAUUCAUCUCUAUCGCCGUUCAACUGCCUACUGUUGUUGCUUGCCGUUGCUCGCCAAACCAAAAAGCCGAGGUUGCUAAGCUCAUCCGCGAGUACACCAAGAAGCGCGUGUGCUGUAUUGGCGAUGGUGGCAACGAUGUAUCCAUGAUUCAAGCUGCCGAUGUCGGUGUUGGUAUUGUUGGUAAGGAGGGUCGACAGGCCAGUUUGGCUGCCGACUUUUCGAUCGAGCAGUUCUGUCACCUGGUCAAGCUCUUGGUCUGGCAUGGCCGAAACAGUUAUAAGCGUAGUGCUAAGCUUGCACAAUUUGUUAUCCAUCGUGGCCUGAUCAUUGCUGUAUGCCAGACUAUGUACAGUAUUGCCAUCAAGUUUGAGCCUGAGGGUUUGUACAAGGAUUGGCUUCUUGUUGGCUAUGCUACUUGUUAUACUGCAGCCCCUGUGCUGUCACUUGUACUCGACAAGGACGUUGACGAAGACCUCGCCAAUCUUUACCCUGAGCUUUACAAGGAGCUGACAACUGGACGUUCUCUCUCAUACAGGACCUUCUUCGUCUGGGUAUUGGUGUCAAUCUAUCAAGGUGGUAUGAUCCAGGGAUUGUCACAGAUUCUCACCGAAGUCGAUGGCCCCAAGAUGGUCGCUGUCAGUUAUACUGUCCUUGUCCUCAACGAACUUCUUAUGGUGGCUAUUGAAAUCACCACCUGGCAUCCCAUCAUGAUCAUCAGCAUUAUUGGUACUUUCCUUUUGUAUAUUGGUUCCAUACCGUUCUUGGGCGGGUACUUUGACCUCGAGUUCUUAAUAACUUGGGGAUUUGUCUGGCGUGUUCUGGCCAUCGGUGCUAUUUCCCUGGUACCACCAUACGCUGGCAAGCUGAUUAGGAGGACAAUGAAGCCUCCAUCUUACAGGAAGGUUCAAAAUCGUUAA